AUGCUGGAAUCCCCUACCGUCAAUCCCUACACCAUCAAUGACCACCCACUCGCUGUCGUUCCCUCAUCAAAAGACUUGGGAGUCUUAGUUAAUGACAAGCUGACGUGGGACCUCCAAAUUUCUUCUGUUGUUGCCAAAGCAAACAAGACACUUGGCUUCCUACGACGACACUUUGGCGUUUCCUUAACUGGGCCUGCCCACACAGAAGGUCGAUGUACUUAUCACUGGUGCACUCCCACCUAA